AUGUGUAUUACUUUUAUUAUUAAUGCUGAUAAUGAUUUAAUUUUGGGAAGAUUCAAAUUAAUAUUGUUAAAUAAUAGAGAUGAAGAAUUUUCUCGCCCUACUUCUGCACUAGCUUGGUGUGAUGGAAUUUUGGCGGGUAAAUUAGUUACAAAUUUUUUGAAUGGACAAACUUCUGCUGAAAAAUUUCUUUUUCAACUUGGAGGGGAAAAUUAUAAAGAUUUUAAUGGAUUUCAAUUUGUUAUAUUAGAAAGGAUUGAAGAUUGUUAUGAACUUUAUUCUUUUACAAAUAGAUUUGAUAAUUCUGAGCCUGUGCAUUGGCCUAAAGGCCUUCAUGUUUUUAGUAAUAGUCCAAGAAUAACUCCCUUCAAAAAGGCUAUUUAUGGCGAAAAACUCCUUCAAUCAUUAAUUGACCAAUUCUCUACAAAAAUUGAUUUUACUGAAGAGGAUUUAAUUAAUGGACUUUUUGAAAUUGGUUCAAAUACAGAAAUACAUUUUCCGGAUGAACAAAUUCGUCUACAAACUGGGUCUACUGAUUCAAAAUACAAAUUGUUAUGUUCAAUUUUUGUUAAUGGGCAUUUACAAGGAAGAAAUUAUGGAACAAAGUAUUUUUAA